GGAAUACAGGUGGGGAAAAUAACUUCUAAAAUUCUGUACAAAUACGAUCAGUUUUAAUCAGUUUGUUGCUGGAAGCGGUUGGGGAAUAUCCCAGCGCAACAAAAGACAAUAUUUUUCUGCUUUAGAGGUAGUUAUUUAGACAUUUCAUCAGGCUAUCCAGUUCACAUUGCAGUGAAAUGCAGUGACAUCCAGGAGUUCACAUUGCAGUGACAUCCAGGGGUUCACAUUGCACUGAUUUGCAGUGACAUCCAGGAGUUCACACUGCAGUGACAUCCAGGAGUUCACAUUGCAGCGAAUUGCAGUGACAUCCAGGAGUUCACACUGCAGCAAUUUGCAGUGACAUCCAGGAGUUCACAUUGCACUGAUUUGCAGUGACAUCCAGGAGUUCACAUUGCAGUGACAUCCAGGAGUUCACAUUGCACUGAUUUGCAGUAACAUCCAGGAGUUCACAUUGCACUGAUUUGCAGUAACAUCCAGGAGUUCACAUUGCACUGAUUUGCAGUGACAUCCAGGAGUUCACAUUGCACUGAUUUGCAGUAACAUCCAGGAGUUCACAUUGCACUGAUUUGCAGUAACAUCCAGGAGUUCACAUUGCACUGAUUUGCAGUGACAUCCAGGAGUUCACAUUGCAGUGACAUCCAGGAGUUCACAUUGCAGUGACAUCCAGGAGUUCACAUUGCAGUGACAUCCAGGAGUUCACAUUGCAGCGAAUUGCAGUGACAUCCAGGAGUUCACACUGCAGCGAUUUGCAGUGACAUCCAGGAGUUCACAUUGCAGUGACAUCCAGGAGUUCACAUUGCACUGAUUUGCAGUGACAUCCAGGAGUUCACAUUGCAGUGACAUCCAGGAGUUCACAUUGCACUGAUUUGCAGUAACAUCCAGGAGUUCACAUUGCACUGAUUUGCAGUAACAUCCAGGAGUUCACAUUGCAGUGACAUCCAGGAGUUCACAUUGCACUGAUUUGCAGUGACAUCCAGGAGUUCACAUUGCAGUGACAUCCAGGAGUUCACAUUGCACUGAUUUGCAGUAACAUCCAGGAGUUCACAUUGCACUGAUUUGCAGUAACAUCCAGGAGUUCACAUUGCACUGAUUUGCAGUAACAUCUAGGAGUUCACAUUGCACUGAUUUGCAGUAACAUCUAGGAGUUCAUAUUGCACUGAUUUGCAGUGACAUCCAGGAGUUCACAUUGCAGUGACAUCCAGGAGUUCACAUUGCACUGAUUUGCAGUAACAUCCAGGAGUUCACAUUGCACUGAUUUGCAGUGACAUCCAGGAGUUCACAUUGCAGUGACAUCCAGGAGUUCACAUUGCACUGAUUUGCAGUAACAUCCAGGAGUUCACAUUGCACUGAUUUGCAGUGACAUCCAGGAGUUCACAUUGCAGUGACAUCCAGGAGUUCACAUUGCACUGAUUUGCAUGUUGCUUUUCUCCUUUUUUUUCCCUCUCAGGUGCUUAUACCUGUGAAGAUCUAAACCCUCAUCAUGUCUAUGAGAACCCUAGCGUUCAAGGCUCUUCUGUUCCUUGUGCUUUGUCAGGCUGGACAGCAGGGUCUAGCCUCUGCCUCUGAGCAACGAGAACCUCCAAAGAAAAUUGCCAUCGUCGGAGCUGGGAUUGGAGGAACAUCAGCAGCUUAUUUUCUCAGGCAGGAGUUUGGACCCAGCGUCAAGAUCGAUGUGUACGAAGCAGGCACUGUCGGAGGACGUCUCGCUACGGAGAACAUUGACGGACAUGAUUAUGAAACGGGAGGCUCCCUGAUACACCCGCUUAAUUUGCAUAUGAAGCACUUUGUGGAUAGACUAGGUCUGUCAUUUCGUGCUGGAGUCCCUUCAAAAAUGGCCAUCUUUGACGGGAAGGGUCUGAUGUUCGAGGAGAGCGAUUGGUUCAUCGUGAACUUCCUGCGCAUGCUGUGGCACUACGGCUUCAACUCACUUCGCAUGCACAUGUGGGUGGAGGGGAUUCUGGACAAGGUCAUGAGGAUUUAUCAGUACCAGCAGUUCGGCUACUCGUUCUCGAGCGUUGAGCGACUGCUGCAUGCCAUGGGCGGCGACGAGGUUCUCGCUCUGCUCAACCAGACGCUGGAAGAGGCCAUGCUGGCUCAGGGCUUCUCUCAGGCCUUCAUCAAUGAAAUCGUCACCCCGAUAUCACGUGCUAGUUACCACCAGAGCGUUCGCCUGCACGCCUUUGUUGGUUCCGUGGCCCUGUCGUGCGCUGACUCGGGCCUCUGGGCUGUGGAUGGAGGUAAUAAGAGAGUCUGCUCUGGGCUUCUGUAUCACAGCAAAGCCGAACUCAUUCCAGCACGUGUGACCAACAUCGCUAUCAAAACGAGGCCCUCUAAAAGCGGCACCAUCGCAAACUUUUAUGAAGUGAACUACGUUGGUGAUUCUGGCUCCGCCCACUCCCUUUACGACAUUGUGGUUUUGGCCACGCCCCUCCACCAGGGUUUGUCUGAUAUCAGUUUCUCAGGCUUCUCUCCUUCCCUGCCUUCACACUUUCCCGGGGCCUACCACCAGAUAGUGACUACGCUAGUGCUCGGGCGUCUCAACGUCUCCUACCUGGACGCCAGACGGAAUCCGAGCGAGUUUUUCGUCUCUGACAUUUUAAUGACGGAAAAUGAGAAUCUGGGCAUCGCCAGCUUGAACUUCCUGGACCCUGUCCACAUCACGCCAGGCUACUCACGCCCUCCGGCCAGCCAGCCAGCAGUGUGGAAGGUUUAUUCUACCGAGCCCCUGACGGAGGAGCAGCUGAGGAUGCUGUUCGUCUCACGAGAGCGUGUCGUGGAGAAGAGCUGGCUGGCGUGUCCUUCAUACAGAGCGCCAGAGCGUCAAGCUCCAAGCUUCAUCCUCCACCACAACCUCUAUUACCUCAACCCCAUUGAGUGGGCAGCGUCGUCGAUGGAGAUGAGCGCCCUCUCAGCGCGAAACGCAGCGCUGCUCGCCAGCCAUCGCUGGCACGGAGACACGUCGAAGGUGGAUCAGGAGGAUCUGCACGCUCGCCUCCGGGGGGAGCUGUAGAGAUGCAAGAGGCACUUUUACCAAUGAGAAUCUUGAAAUCUACACUCCACUGGCUGUUUGAGUGAAUUGUGUGUGUGUGUGUGUGUGUGUGUGUGGUGUUUUUAAUUUGAUGAAAAAGGUGAUGCUAAUUAUCAUAACAUCCAAGGAGGCUUUCCAUUCUAAUUUCUUUUCUGUUGUUUUUCAGCAAAUCAUUAGUUUCUUGGACUUUCUUAGAAGAAAGUUGACUUAUAAAGACAACUUUAAAAUUCUUUCCCAACACUAGAGAAGUCUUUUAGAGAUAAAGCUACAGGACGUUGGUCCUGGUGUCCUACUACAUGGUGUUCGACCUAAAUAAUUCCCUCCCCUUACCCAGCUGCUGUCAGUCAUCAUUUAGUUUUUGCACUGAAGCAGUAUACACUAUAUGGCCAAAAGUUUGUGGACACCUGACCAUCACACCCCUGUGUGGUUCUUCCUUAAACCGGUUCCACAAAGUUAGAAGCGCACAAUGCAUGUGAUGUCUUUACAUAUUCUGUAGCAUUACGAUUUCUCUUCACUGGAACGCAAACCUGUUCCAACACGACGAUAUCCCUGUGCACAAAGCGAGCUCCAGGAAGACAUGGUUUGCCAAAGUUGGAGUGGAAGAACUCGAGUGUCCACAUACUGUGGAUAAUAUAGUGUCAACCGCUAAUAAUAGGGUUGUAAGUGAAGGUUCAUAGGGCAUCUGUUUGAAUGAAUGAGAGGUUUUUACUUUCGUUUCAUCCUCCACAUGGUUUACAUAUAAGGAAUAGGAAGGUAAAGACGAAGCUUCCAAAUAACAGAUAGACAAACAAACACCUAUGUAACCAACUCAAAUAUUCAGGUUCUUCACACCAUCCUUGUAGAUCAGUAUAAUAAGACAGAAGAAAUUGGAAUGUAUUGCCUCCAUGGACUGUUUUUAAGUUUAGUAAGUGAUACUAAUUUGUAAAGAGGAGGUAGUCUAUAAGGGCUAAAAUGCUUUGGGUGAAAUACUCAGGCCACUUUCAUUCUACUUUAUAUUACUUAUCUUACUAAACAAACACUUUAUAAUACAGAUUAGAUGAAACACUGCAAAAUCCUUUUUAAGUGAUUUCUAAUGAACUUCCUCUUGGCCUGAUGGACUUGCAGCGAAACACUCCUUUAAUAUACACAAGCACCGGUUAAUAAAAGCAAGAAUCCGCACAGAUGACCUUUUAACCUUGUUGUUUGGUCACGCUAUAAGGCCAUUUUUUAACCACUUCCCCUGUGUUGCUUCUGCUUUUACUGAAAAGUAAGCUACAGUGGCCGUGUUGAUUUAUGCGUUUUCUAGAUACGUAAAUUUGUUUUUGACUUUUCGAGAUGUUUUGCUGAGAUGUUAAGCAUUAAUUUAAAAACAAUCCUUACUAAGAAAUACAAUUAUACAACUAGACAUUUGCAAAUAGCUGGUUAUAAUCCACAACAUUCAUAACCAUCAAAGAUAUUCUUCUGAUUCCAAAAUUGCAAACUGUGUCACCCCAAAGUGUAAAUGUGCUGCACUACUUCUUUAUUAUACUUCUGUAUAGUCAGUGUUAUAGAGUUAACAAGCGAAUAUGUCUGUAUGUUGAUUGAUCUAAGUGCUACUUUGUUUACCGCUGAUGCUGUGAGCAGCCAUGUUGCUUUGAUGUCACUUGCUGAACUCGGACUUGAGGAGACCGUCCGGAGUUCUCGUGGAGGAAUUUAGAGUCGAGGGGGUGUUUUCUGAUGUCUUAAGAUGCAGUAAUGCUCUGUUUUUAAUAGUCAUUUAUCUGUUAAAAAAUGCAGAUUCAUGUAAAACACAUGAAAGGAUGCAGAUAUCAAACCAGCUUCCGCUGGCAGUUCAUCAAAUUUAACCUUACCUUUAAAACUCACAAAAGAAAGGCGGGACUUCAUAAUAAAAAAAAAAUCAAAAUUGAUUAAAUACUAAUUAAUACCUAGACUAGUGGUCACAUGACACUUUUGUCUUCUUGAUAUCUUUUUCCACAGUUGCAAAAAAUAGCAUUAGCUGUUCACUGAACCACACUGAAUCACAACACUAUCAGAAUAAACUGCUGUAUAGGUGAACCUUUGUUUCCAUUUGUUUCCCAAAUCUCGAGUCUGAUUGGUCAGAUGUUGGUCAGGUGUUGAUUAAUUUUCUAUAACAGCAGCUCUGACUGUAUUUCCUACUGCAAGGCAAAUCACUUCUUCCAAUACAUCUAAUAAUGUUUCUGUAGUAACAGCUAAAGUGAAGGAACGACUGUUUAUAGCUGUUAUGACGUAAGUGAUAACAGGAACUAACUCGUUUUGUGUUGUGGGCGUUCCACAAAAAGUAACUAUAAACAGAUAAAAAAAAAAAAACAACAAA